AUGACAGUAGUGGAAAAGUCGGACCUUGAAGGCUCGACGGAGAAGCCUGACACAGAAGUAAGAGAGACUGAGUAUCCGGGCAUCACAAAGGUUAUAGUGAUCAUCCUUGCCCUCUACCUGGCUAUUUUCUUGGUUGCCCUCGACCAGACAAUCAUUGGUGUAGCAAUUCCGAAGAUCACCGAUCAGUUCAAGAGCAUCGAAGACAUUGCCUGGUAUGGUAGUGCCUAUUUCUUGACAUCAACUGCAUUGCAGCCAUCCUACGGCAGGAUCUAUAAGAUAUUCAGUGUCAAAUGGGGCUUUCUGAUCGCUGUUCUCAUCUUUGAGAUUGGGUCACUCAUCUGCGCCGUUGCACCCAGUAGCACCGUGUUGAUUGUUGGAAGAGCUGUGGCAGGCAUCGGUGUUGCUGGUAUCUUCUCUGGGGCCCUGGUAAUUAUAUCAAUGACAGUUCCACUGCCCAAGAGACCCCUUGUAUUUGGCAUGUUCGGCAUGGUAUGGGGAGUUGCUUCAAUUGCUGGGCCAUUACUCGGAGGUGCAUUCACCGACGGUGUGUCAUGGAGAUGGUGCUUCUAUAUCAAUCUUCCCAUUGGCGGUCUUUCCAUUGCCGUUAUCAUCUUCAUCCUACGAGUUCCCAGCAAGAGCGAGUUCUCAGGUACGCCGGUCCUCGACCGGAUCAAACAGCUAGAUCUUAUCGGCGCCAGUCUUCUCAUUCCGGCCAUUGUGUGCCUCCUGCUAGCGCUACAAUGGGGAGGAAAUAAAUACCCGUGGAACAGCUCGCGUGUGAUCGGGCUCUUUGUCGGCUUUGGACUUAUGAUCAUCAUUUUCGCCUUCUCGCAGAUCAAGUUAGGCGACCGCGCUACACUUCCCCCGGGGAUCCUGAAGCAGCGGUCAGUGUUAUCUGCGACUAUGUUCGCCUUGUUCUUCGGCGGUGGAUUCUUCCUUCUCGUCUACUAUGUUCCGAUCUUCUUCCAAAGCGUGAAAGGAUCGUCCGCCAUGAAAUCGGGGAUUCAGCUUCUUCCCAUGAUGCUGGCAACCGUCGUCUCAUCCGUCCUCGUCGGUGGAUUCGUAACGGCUGCAGGCUACUAUACCCCGUUUUUGAUCGGUAGUACCGCUAUUGCAGCCAUUGGUAUAGGUCUUGUCACUACGUACUCUGUGGACAUCGCGACCGGUAAAUGGAUUGGCUAUCAGAUUCUCGUCGGCGCGGGAGUCGGUGCUGGUUUCCAGAUCCCCAUGACGGCGGUUCAGACUGUUCUCCCACCCGAAGAUAUCCCCGUCGGCACCGCUGCCGUGAUGUUCUUCCAAACCCUGGGAGGCGCGCUCUUUAUUGCUGUCGGGCAAUCGGUCUUUCAAAACGGGUUGAUCGACGGGAUUCGCGAGUACGCGCCUACCGUGGACCCGCGUGCCAUUGUCGGUGCCGGAGCGACGGAAAUGCGACAUGUCCUGGCAGCCUUGGGGCAACUGGAUCAGCUUGAUGCUGUGAUUAGGGCGUAUAUGAGUGGGCUUCGCGACGCAUACCGUGUCAGUCUGGCACUGGCCCUGGUGGCCUUGGUAGCUAGUUGCUUUUUGGAAUGGAAGAGUGUUAAGAAAACUGGCCAAGAUAGUAAGAACGAUGUGGCGGUUCCGGCGCUGUGA